GACGUGCGACGAAAGUCCCCGAUCCCCACCCAGACCACGCAGCAGCUCCGCCGGGAGGGAGCGAGCCGCACGUUCGGGUUUUGGGCGACUUGUCACCGUCAUAAAGUGAGCGAGAAAGUGCGGAAGAGAGACGUAAGAAGAGAGGGAGCGAGGAAGUGGAGACCCUGUGCGACACCGCCGCUUUUUUCCUCCCCACCAUCCUCAUCGUCGUCCGGCAGCACAAACAGCCUGAAGAGUCCAUUCUCCGGCGUUCACGAGCCGCCCUUCCCUUCUUUUUGGUCAACAUGUCGGUGGCUAGUGACUACGGGAAUCCUUUGAAGAAAUUCAAACUCGUCUUUUUAGGGGAGCAGAGCGUGGGGAAGACGUCGCUGAUCACCCGCUUCAUGUACGACAGCUUCGACAGCACGUACCAGGCGACGAUCGGAAUCGACUUCCUGUCAAAAACCAUGUACCUGGAGGACCGAACGGUAAGCCGCCGACUCGACUCUGUUGUUGUGAUGUUGUCUUGUGUUAUGAAACAUGCGUACGUCUUGCUGGUCUCCAAAUCACAGGUGAGGUUGCAACUGUGGGACACGGCGGGUCAGGAACGCUUCAGGAGCCUCAUCCCGAGCUACAUACGGGACUCCACGGUGGCCGUGGUGGUCUACGAUAUCACCAACGCAAAUUCCUUCCGGCAGACGACCAAAUGGAUUGACGACGUGCGGACAGAGAGAGGAAGUGAUGUCAUCGUCAUGCUGGUGGGCAACAAAACGGACUUGGCAGAAAAGAGGCAAAUUAGCGUCAAGGAAGGCGAGCAGCAAGCUAAAGAGCUCAGCGUCAUGUUCACGGAGACCAGCGCCAAGACGGGUCACAACGUCAAACAGCUGUUCCGCCGCGUGGCCUCGGCUCUUCCCGGCAUCGAGGGCAUUCAGGAGACCGGCAAAGAAGGUAUGAUCGACAUCAAGCUGGACAAAGCACACGAGUCACCUACGGAUGAAGCGGGCUGCUCUUGCUAAUAGCCGCUAGCAUCUGUCGCAAGCGGUCAUCAUGUGCACCCCCCCCCACGCUUCUUAUGUUGAGGCUUCUUAUUGGUUACCAUCCCGACUGCUGGUCAGUGCUUCCGGAGAGGAAUCUGUCAACGCUGAAGCUGCCAAAAACAAGUUUACUCUUCUUUUAUUUUUGUCUUGAUCAAGUCAGUUUGUUUUUGUAUUUUUAUAUUCAGGUUUUAUAUUCAUGUUCGGAGCCCCUAACUUUAAGACAGACGGCAACAGUAGAGACUUUUUACAUCAUUUGGACUAUCCAUGCACGCUUCGCUUUAUGGCAGGUAACGUCAUACACACACACGCACACACUAAUGUUGGACUUUCGAUUCAUCAUGUUUGUGUUUCUCUGUACAACAUUUGGGCAUUGUCACUGUUGAAACCUGGAAUUUGUCUGUAAAUAGUAUUUGUGCUGAAGACCAGAAUGUGUUUACAGUGGAAUCUCAAGAGUCCAAAUUUGACCCAAAUACGCCUUGAAAAUCAGAUGACAGUGUUUGAAUUAUGACAUGAGACUCCAAAUGUUUUUUUUUAAAUAUCAGAUGAGCACUUUUUUUUUUUUCCUUCAUUGUAAGACGGUUCUUUGUAUUUAUUCCUGUAUGCGAGCAUUGUGGUGACGCUUGGGGGCAGCGAUGACGGCCGCUCUCGUCAACUUUACGGAGCAUGUCUCCAUUAAACAUGUCUUGCCAUCAUAUCUUGGACUUUGGUUAAGAUAUUGAUGCCGAUCUUGUUAAGAAUUCUCUCAUAUACCAACUUUUGUCCAAUUCUCAGUCCAGAAUCCAAAUCUUGGUCCUGACUUUAGUCCAGGUCAAAUACUGUACGUACAUAGCAACACUUCACCCCAAAAAAAAAAAGCCCUUCAAGGCAAACUGUAACUGUCACAGUUUGCUGAUCUGACUUGUUCCAACAAAUUGACACCAAACCGGAUCGCCAACAAACGGAUUUCUUGCGCCACGUCACUGGGAAACCACCAUGGCCCAAAUUUGCGUCAUCGACUGUGACCCGAAACUCCAGACCUGAGAAAUUUUUAAUCUGCUUUUUAAUGAAAGUGAUGAUCCAAUAUUUUCCAUACAAUCCCAACUAAGAUUCUGCCAGAUGCUGCAUGAAUGCCCUUCAUAAUCCCUUUUCAUGCUUCAGCAAGCCUUUUGUCACAUGCUUCUGUUGUGACAUUGGCAGAAGAAGCCGUCUCCUCGGCAGAAGGACUGGUGUCUACAAGCUGAUUGUUGUCCUGUAAAACUAAGAAAAUGAAAUUACUCUCACAGCUACUUCAUGAUGAAAGAUAACAAAAUGAUUGUUGUCCCUUAAAGCUGAUACUAGCAGAUCGCACAUAAAUAAAUACUCUCGACAGCUACUUUGUCAUAAUAAAAAAAAAAAAAGAAUGCUGUUAAUUUGGUGUUCAGGGAACUUUGAGGGAAGCCAUC